AUGCCUCCACAAAGAAGACCAGUGGCAUUGCAGAGGCCCUCCCCGUUACAAAAAGAAGUUCACCGAGACAGGCAACAUCCAACUGAAAGAGUUGAGGGCAUCAUUAACAGCAUAUAUGCUGAAAUGUCGAGAAUGCAGCAUACCUACGCUCUCAUGCUGAAAAGCCGCGACAACAUGCUGCGGGCUUAUGCGAACGACAACAUGCUGCGGGCUUACGCGAACGAAAUUGCCAGUUUGGAGGAGCAAAAUCGGUCUUUGCUUGAACAUGUCAAGAGUCUUCAGCGAGAGAUUUGCUCCCUAGAGCUCAAGCACAACAAACAGAUGUCCGAAUUGGCGAAGGAGAGGCUGCAGUGUCCAGAGAAGCCCGAUGGAAAGCGACCUGAGGGACCUGUUUGA